AUGACCGAGCCUGUAGUCUUGUCCUCUCCUGGCCAAUCUCCGACCCGUCGGCGCCAAGGAAAGGUCACUCAACAGGUUGCCUAUUAUGGUAGCCAAAUGAAGACGAGUGACUGCGACACCAACAGUGACCAAGAAUCGUUCAAUGCUGUUUCCAGAAUCUAUACACCAUGGACCAGCGACCCAUAUGCUAACAUUGCGGGCCACACUGUCGAUCCGUUUGAUACCCUUUGCGAAAACCCUGAUCGUCUACGGCAGCUUUUGAGACAUCCAUCGGCCAGAUACGCGGGAGAACCACUAUUUCGCAUUGACGAAUCAAAUAAUUCUGUUCUCUUCCAAAGUCUCAAUCACCUGUCUUCCUUUCUGACAGACAAAACACUAUUCCAUGCUCUUUCUCUCGUCCUUGCGUUGGAAGCAAAUAAUCACGUACCCAAUUAUGAGACACUGUAUCACCGUGGUAAAGUUCUCGAAUCUCUCAAUCUGAACCUAGGCGAUGCCCCAUCGCUGCAAUGCAUAACAGCAAUUCUCAUGCUGAUAAGCUAUGAAUACCGGGUCCGGGACAUGAGGCCUGCUGCAGCUACUCAUAUUCGUGGUUUGCAGACUUUACUCCACCAGUUUGAUGUAUUGGCUAGUGGGUAUAAUCCUGCAGGCAUACAGAAGACCCAGCGAGCUUUAUUCUGGCAGGACAUAAUGUGUUCCUUGGCAACUGGGACCCCUCGGCUACUGCAAUUUGAUGUUAAUGACGCCUUUGCCCGCUUGAGGGAGGACAGUAGCCACCGAAAAUACUUUGUUCUGCCCGAAGGAUUUAAAAUACAUAUUGAUGGCUGGCCUGCGACGUCUGUUCGUGUACUCGCAGAUCUCAACGCCUUAUGCUGCGUAGUGGAUGCAGUGCACAGACAAAAACGGCUACCAGGACGAUCUGCAGAUCUCGAUGGGAACGAUACAACCGUUUCCAUUCCACUAAUGGAAGAUCUAGAUGAUGAGGGCUAUCCGCUGUCCAACGCCCAAGCGAACUUGCAGAUCCGUCUCGUCGAUCUUCUCAGUGAAACCAGGACCAGCCCACAAAAAGAGCAGACCCUUAUCUACAGAGCGUGCCUUUUCGCUGCGUACCUCUGCACAUACAGACUGUCAUCAGGUAUCUGGGAAGGAUAUUUUGCGCCCGAAAAGUGUGUCGCAGAGAUCCUCAACUGUAUGGAGAAUUUUACAAAACACAUGUCACCUUGGAAACUCGCCCCGGACAUCUCAUUCUGGUUGCUACUUGUCGCUGGUGGUCUCACAAAGAGCCAGGUCAAUAGAAAUCGAGCAGCGUUGUUGGUGCAACGCUAUCGAUGCUUCUACCCAAGCGAUUAUGGUCAGGACUGGGAAAUUGUGGAGGGCAAGUUAAAGGAGUUUAUAUGGUGUGAACAUGCGAUGAAAAAGAAAUGCUAUGCAUUCUGGCAAGAGUGUCAUGAUGUUCAGCAUUAG